AAACAGGGGUCCUCGAAGCGGGUUUCACUAACAAAGCAGGCUCCAAAAUGUCGGGAGAGGUGUAUCUCCUGUGGCUCCUCUCGCUUUUACAAACGCUGUCGGCAUAUGGUGCCGAGCUGUCGUCGGAGGCAUGCAGGGAGCUGGGCUUCUCCAGCAACCUGCUGUGCAGCUCCUGUGACCUGCUUGGGGAGUUCAGCCUCACCAAGCUCCAGCCUGACUGCCGGGAGUGCUGCCAGCAGGAAGCCCAGAUGGAAGCGCGCAAGCUUUAUGCUGGCGCCAUCCUCGAGGUGUGUGGAUGAAAACUGGGGAGGUUCCCUCAAGUCCAAGCUUUUGUCAGGAGUGAAAAGCCGAAGAUGUUCAAGGGUCUUCAGAUCAAGUACGUUAGAGGCUCAGAUCCUGUGCUAAAGCUUUUGGACGAUAACGGGAACAUCGCUGAAGAACUCAGCAUCCUCAAGUGGAACACAGACAGCGUGGAGGAGUUCCUAAGUGAGAAAUUAGACCGGAUAUAGACACAAAUCCAACUUUUUUUUUUUUUUAAGUCUUUAGUGAAAGGGUCACUUCCUCCAAAUUUAAGAAAAACAUGUUUUAUAACUUGUUCUUUUACAUAUCUGUGCAGAUAGUUUCUGUUUUUUCUGGUUGGGAGAUGUCAGUCUCUGAGAUUUGUGCCUCCUUUUUCAGGUGAAUUAAAUUUUGUUUGCGGCGCUCACAGUAGAGAAAAUGACAUUUAAAAUAUUCAUCGGCAGCUUGACUUUCCGAAACUGUGUCCUGAAUACUGUAGAUUAACCACCUAACAAGCUGUCAACAGUAUUCAUCAGAACUAGUGGAACAAACAAGGAAACGGUUUCUGAAAAGAUCUGUAGCUGUAAAUGUAAUUUUCCAAUGUUUUAAGGACCACAAAUGAAAUUCCAUUCACCUUUAUUGUGUUUAUGUUGCAGCAGAAAUCUCAAGAGACAGAUCUUUUUAAACUUGAGCAAAUUAACAAAAACUUAUCUGCAUGGUUAGAGACUACAGGGGCAAGCUAGAAAAUGUUUUCUUGUAGUUUGGGGGAACUGACCCUGAAGUUAUUUACCAGUUUGUACACAACUCGGCCUUGAUAGAUGGUUGUUAAAUGACUGCUCUCUAUGACUGUUUUUGUAUCUGAAAAUCACAAAUUUCUUGUCUGGAUUUUACCAAAUAACUUAAGAGUGUAAAACAACAUAAUCAGAGUUCAGAAGGGCAGCACACCUAAAUAAUGAUCAAGAUUACAGAUGAAUCAUGUAUGAAAUCCGUUCCAUGAGGUUUGAGAAGACCAAUAAUACAUCAUGACCUGUUUUGUUGUUUGUCUGUGGGAAUUUGUGUUCCCCCUCUGUCUGUCUGAUAUUCUUGUAUAAUUAUUUUUUAUAACGCUCAGCUUUGUGACUGAUGGGAUUUGUAGCAAGACCGAAUGGACCUUAGUUUCUUUCCACAUGCAGAUGUUUUUGCUGAGACACAUAUUAGUGAAGACCUCACAGUAAACCAGUGUUGGGAUGUGAGGUCUGAUGUAUAUUUGUGUUUUUCUGCAUCUUCUGCUUUGAAGAGAAACUGGAUUUGUUUUGGACGCUUGUUUUUGAGGUGGAGGUUUAAAUAUGCAACAAUAAACAAAGUCUCUGAUGGUCUCUCUGCCAA